UAACGACAUCUACAAGUACUCUGAAGGGCAUCAACUUCUACACUUUCGACAGCCUGAAGCUGUGUGUCAAGGAGUUAAAUCCUAAUUAUAAUCUUUGCUGGGAUCUAUCAGUACGCGUGCCGACAAGUCGAUAUAUCAAUUGUUUCUGACUCUUGCUAUAAGGUUCACACGGCUUUCAAUUAUUCAAUUGAUUUCGGUCAAUCAAUAAAUUACUCUUUCAAUCCUACUCAUCAAUUAUAGAUAUUUAUCACGCUUGUAGCGGCCGGGCAGCUCUGUUAAUUCUCCCCGGCGCAAAUAUAAUUGCCUUGGCCGAAUACCAAUCAACCACGACAGACAUGGACGCGCCAAACCAAACUCCAGCUCCUGCAGCUGCAGCAGGAGCCAAUGACACAACCAUGGGCGAAUCAUCUCCUCCUAAAUACGUCCCCCAAUUCUCUGCCGCGACCGAAAUGAUUCUUCAGCGCAUGAAAGCAGGAAUAACUGGUGGGCUGUCCAGUAUUGGCAUUACAGGGACACCACCGGGCUACGAGGAAAUGCGCAGAAACGUUAUGUCGGGCAUGAAAACUACACAGAAUAUGCAAAUAAAUACACCACCACCAAGAUAUCAAACUAGCAAAAAGCCAACGCCCAAAGCCAGUGUCACACCUAAAAUUGAAACCCCAACAGGGUCUGUAAAUAGUGCAGGGACAAAAAAGAGAGGGAAAGGACCAAGGGCAGGACAAAAGCGGAAAAGAGUUAAGGAUGAUAGUGAAAGUGCAGACGAGUCUGAUGCUUUAAGUGGUGUAGGUGGGGAUUCAGACUCGGAUGGUUCGAACAGUGCGACUACGGAAAUGCCAAAAAUUACACAGAGCGGGAGACAAAUAGUGAAGCCGACACAAUUCGUUCCUACACUGCCCGAGACAAGCUCGAGAAAACGGUCUUCUGCGUCAGCACAUAAGCGAAGCCAAAAUCAAGAACAAGCCUUAUGCAAGAGAUGUGGGAGAGGCAAUAGCCCUCAGAAUAAUAUGAUAGUUUUUUGUGACGGGUGUAAUUUAGGAUGGCAUCAGAUGUGCCAUGAUCCUGUGGUUUCGGAAGAAGAGGUGAAGGAUGAACAAGCUCCAUGGUUUUGCAAUGAUUGUGCGAGGAAAAGGGGUAUUAAACCGGCACCAUCUAAGACUGACGGUGUUAGUUGGGCCGGUAAAACAAUAGAUCAGGUAUUCCUUAAACUUUACUUUUUUGCUCUAAACUUUGUCAGCUAACAAAUUUUGUAGAGAAGGGCAUAUCUAGCAACACUCCCACAUCCUCAGCUAGUAGAGCUUCUCGUCAAAGCUUCAGCCCUUCAUCCAGAUAUGCCCAUAUUCCCUGCAAAUCCUCCACCCCUCCAACCCCGCCAAUCACAGAAUACAUCUCGCCCCACAACAAAUCAUGCCGCACAACCAUUCCCUCCUUCUGCCACAUCCACAGCAGGUCUCUUCUCUCGUGCAGAAUCAAAUCCCAACGCCCCAAUGAACUUCAUUCGUAAAGUAGCCGCUAACUCCACGGCUUCUAAUAUCACCCCUUCUUCAAUGUUUACCUCAUCAUUCCCGCCAGCACCAGCUUUCGCUCAUGCUUCUUCCGCUCCACCUACAUUACCUCCACAAACCACGGCAAAUACCGAGACAAAUGGAAACACCAAUGGAAUGGGUAAUGGACAAGAUCUGUCACAGGAAAGCAGAGAGUCUACUCCAAAUAGUCCACCAUACCCUAAAGCUGGAACAGGCCUUAUGAGUAAACUAGGUCCAGAUGACGAAGAUAUCGAGUGGUUAGUUGAUAAUGAAGAUUUCGAGGCUUUUAGUCAUACGGUAUAUGAUGAUCAUGGGGAAAAGGAUGCUGGGGUUAUAUGAAGAACAGUUGGGUUGACUAGGUAAAAUGAAUCUGGAAAGCACAUUAGAGAGGACUGGGUGUUUAUGCACGGUUUCUUGGGUGAUGAGGCUCUACGUGGAUCAAAGAACGAUUCCGGCUUGACUGGUGGUUGCUUGUUCAGCAUUUGUUGGUGGAUGCGUUGCAUUUUUGUACAUAAGAUUCACGGUGGGUAUUAUCGCUAGCAAGGUGCAUGUAAUCUUAUAUCGAUUAUGUAUGAUAUAAUAAAAUACUAAUUGCUCCAUCAUC